GGAUGGCGCUGAUGGUAGCAGUGAAGGCCAGGUGGCCUGUGGCACGAACGUAGCCGUUGCUGACGGAGCCAAGUCUUCUCAUAAAAAUGAAGGUCUGUCUGAUGAUGAACUAGGUGAAUAUGAUUUGGAAAAUUACGAUGAAGAGGAAUACACAGGUGACCUAAAACUCGGAGACUCUUUGGCUACUUUGGCAGUGUAUGGGAGCAACGAUCAUGAUCCUUACAUCACUCUCAAAACAACUGAUCAGUAUGAAGAGGAGGACUUUCUCAUUAAGCCCAGUGACAAUCUUGUCCUCUGUGGCAGAGCUGAUAAGGACUGCUGCAGUCUGGAGGUCCAUGUUUAUAAUCACGAAGAGGACUCAUUUUACGUACAUCAUGAUAUCAUCCUGCCUGCUUACCCGCUAAGUCUGGAGUGGUUGAAUUUCGAUCCUAAUCCUGAGGAAUCAGUAGGAAAUUACGUUGCGGUGGGUAACAUGACCCCGGUUAUUGACAUUUGGGACCUUGACGUAGUAGAAUCCUUAGAGCCAGUCUUCUCUCUGGGAGGCAAGAAAGGGAAAAAGAAGAAAAAGAAAGGAAAGAAAAGUUUAUCUUCGGAAGAGGCAGUGGAAGGACAUACUGACGCUGUGCUUGAUCUUUCAUGGAAUAAACAAAGCAGGAAUGUUUUAGCAAGUGCGUCGGCUGACAGGACUGUGAUGCUGUGGGACAUGUCCGUGGGAAAGCCAGCAGCCAGCCUGGUGCUGCAUACGGACAAGGUCCAGACAUUGCAAUUUCAUCCGUUUGAAACUCAGACCCUUAUUUCUGGAUCUUACGAUAA